CAGGAGAGGAAAGGAUUUUGUGUCAUAACAACAUAGCAACAGAUCGCCCACGAGUUACUAAAAACUAGGACUGCAGGGAGGGUGUGCUGAUCUCAGAAUAGAGGUGGAAACUUGCCCCAUGUCCAGCCUCAAGACAAUGUCCACAGCAGAUCUGAUGGACAGUCUUAGGGAAGAACUCACCUGCUUCAUCUGCCUGGACUAUUUCAGCAGACCAGUGACCACCGAGUGUGGGCACAGCUUCUGUCUGAUGUGUCUCCUCAGGAGCUGGGAAGAACCUAGCACUCCUUUAUCUUGUCCUGAGUGCUGGAGGACCUUGGAGGGCCCGCAUUUCCAGCCCAAUGAGCGUCUGGAGAGGCUGGCCAGCAUUGGCAGGCAGCUCCGGUCCCAGGUGCUGCAGAGAGAGGAUGAGCCGGGCAGCUACGGGAGGACGCGCGCUGCUGCCAAGGCGCUGUCUGAUGAUGAGCAGGGUGGCAGCGCCUUCGCAGCCCAGAGCCAUGCUGUCACCAGAGUGCAUCUGUCCAGUGAGGCUGAGGAGCACCACAGAGAGAAACUUGAGGAAAUCCUAAAUCUUUUGCGUAAAAGGAGAAAGGAAGCUCAGGCUGUGUUAGCCCACGAGAAGGAGAGAGUGGGGCUGUGCAAGGAAGAAACAAAGACUUGUAAACAGGUUGUUGUGUCAGAGUACAUGAAAAUGCACCAGUUCCUGAAGGAAGAGGAGCAGCUGCAACUCCAGCUCCUGGAACAGGAAGAGGGAGAGAACCUGCGGAAACUGAGGAGCAGUGAGACCAGACUGACCCAGCAAAUCAGAGACCUGAGCAAAGUGAUCGGACAGAUUGAGUCCAAAAGGCAAAGCUCGGCUUUGGAAACUCUAGAGGAAGUGAGAGGAGCCCUGGAAAGGAGCCAGCCACUCCUGCUUCAGUGUCCAGAGGCCACCACCACAGAGCUGAGUCUGUGCCGCGUCACGGGAAUGAAGGAAAUGCUGACAAAAUUCAGCACAGACAUAACGCUGGACCCAGCCACAGCCCAUCCCUGCCUGGUGUUGUCCGAGGAUCUGAAGAGUGUGAAAUACGGGGGAAGCAGAGAGCAGCUGCCUGACAACCCGGAAAGAUUUGACCAGUCUGCGACUGUGCUGGGUGCUCAGAUCUUCACCAGCGGGAGGCACUACUGGGAGGUGGAGGUGGGAAGCAAGACGGAGUGGGAAGUGGGCGUCUGCAAGGACUCUGUGAGCAGAAACGGGAAUCUCCUCAAGACACCUGGGGACCUCUUCUCGCUGAUCGGUUUAAAAAUUGGAGACGAUUACAGUCUGUGGGUCUCCUCACCUUUGAAAGGUCAGCACGUCAGAGAGCCGGUGUGUAAGGUUGGCGUCUUCUUGGACUAUGAAUCUGGACACAUAGCGUUCUACAACGGCACGGACGAAUCCCUCAUCUACAGCUUCCCACCAAAUUCUUUCCAAGAGGCUCUCAGGCCCAUCUUUUCCCCCUAUCUCCCGAAUGAAGGGACAAACACAGACCCUCUCACCAUCUGCUCACAGAACAGCCGCGCCUGAGGGAGCGCCCUUGAGCCUUCACAGAGGGCCAGGUCUGAGACCAAGACCUAAUGACUGUUAAGAUGACAAAGGCAUCCUCUGUGUGAACGUCAGGUGAUCUCAAAGAAACCCCCACCCACCCCCAAGAGUUUCCAUUAACUUGAUCCCACAAUGAGCAGCCAAAUCGCACAAUCAGCUUCAACAGCAAUAGAAGACAGCUGAGCAUACUGUGUCUUUAACGAAAUGUAUCAUCUAGACUAUCCCAUGUGUGUGCUGGUCACUCAAAUACUGAGCCCCUAUUACCAGGAAUCCCACUGCCAUAGGCUGCAUUUUAUAAACAUAGGUCACUUCUGGAGCGUAUUUGAUGCUUUGACUCU